UCUUUAGAAAAAAUAUUUUUAAACAACUUUAAUCUACCAAAGUCCAAACAUAACAUUCUCGAGAAAUAUUUUCCUCCUACCAAACAAACCAGAUAUCAUUUUUAUCUAUAUGAUAUGAUGACUAACUUUAAGAAAAAAAAGUGUUGAAUGAAAAAUAUGGGGAAAACAGAGCUAAUUUACUCUUUGUUUUUACUUGUUAUUGUAGCACAACAUGCAGCAGCUGGUUCAUCAGUGAAGUUUCUUCCAGGAUUUCAACGACCACUUCCUUUUGAAUUGGAAACUGGGUACAUUGGAGUUGGUGAUUCUGAAGAUGUGCAAUUAUUCUACUAUUUUAUAAAAUCGGAGUCUGAUCCAGACUCCGACCCUAUAAUGCUUUGGAUUACUGGAGGCCCUGGUUGCUCUGCUCUAUCUGGACUUAUCUAUGAGAUUGGACCAAUAACUUUUGAGGCAGUGGAAUACAAUGGGAGUUUGCCUACAAUGAUACUGAAUCCUUACUCAUGGACAAAGGUGGCAAGUAUUAUUUUCGUAGACUUACCGGUGGGCACGGGAUUUUCCUACGCGAAAACUCCAGCAUCUCUACAAUCAUCUGAUUUACAAGCGAGUGAUCAUGCAUAUCAGUUCCUUCGCAGGUGGUUUGUGGAUCACCCAGAAUUUCUAAGGAAUCCAUUAUACAUUGGUGGAGACUCGUACUCUGGGGUGGUUGUUCCCAUUAUUAGUCAAAUUAUAGCCAGUAAGAAUGAAAUGGAAAUCAAACCAUUGAUCAAUCUUAAGGGAUAUUUACUCGGAAAUCCUUCAACUUUUGAAGGUGAAAAGAAUUAUGAGAUUCCAUUUGCUUAUGGAAUGGGACUUAUUUCUGAUGAGCUCUAUGAGUCCUUGAAGACAAAUUGUAAAGGAGAGUAUCUCAAUAUAAAUACAAGGAAUACAUUUUGUUUGCAAGAUGUUCAAACUUUUAAAGAGCUUGUUUCAGGGCUUAAUGAAGCCCAUAUUUUGGAGCCCAAAUGUGAGCGAUUUUCGCCAAGGCCACACCAAUUGUUUGGCCAAAGAAGGUCUCUUGAUGAGAAGUUUCAUGAACUUAACAAUCCUGAACAACUUCCUGCACUAAAAUGUCGCGAUGAUUGGCACAAACAUUCUUAUCAUUGGGCUAAUGAUGUUCAAGUUAGAGAUGCACUCAAUAUCCGAAAGGGGACUAUCGGAAAAUGGAAGAGAUGUGCAACUUUGCAAUACCAAAAGAUGGUCAUUAGUACCAUACCAUAUCAUGCAAGCCUCAGUAGCAAAGGCUACAGAUCUCUUAUAUACAGUGGAGAUCAUGACAAGGUUGUUACCUUCCUAUCAACUCAAGAAUGGAUAAGAUCUCUUAACUACUCAAUUGUCGAUGAUUGGCGAUCUUGGACUAUUGACAAUGAAGUUGCCGGUUACACGAGAAGUUACUCAAAUGAGAUGACAUUUGCCACAGUGAAGGGAGCAGGGCAUACUGCACCAGAGUAUAAGCCUCGUGAAUGUCUUGCCAUGCUCAGAAGGUGGAUGUCUUACCAGCCUUUGUAAUCAACAAAUGUAUCACAAUUGCUUAAUUUAGUGUUAUGUUUACUGUAACUUCACAUGUGUGAGCUCGCUCACAUUAUCGGUAUCAAGUCUGAAUAAAGAAGAGGGUUGCCGAGGGUCAAUCGGAAACAUUCUGGAUAAGCGUACAUCUUACCUUAUCCAAACUCUACUUAUGAAAUUACAAUGAAUUUUUUUGUUGUUA